AUGGGUGGAUCUCCAGAGUUCCAGGGAGAGUCUGGCGAGAAUUCAUGGGGCAAAAAUAGACAGUAUAACAAACAGACCAAUACAAAGCUCAUCGAAGGGAGGCUCAUUGCAUCAUGGAUGUUAGUCUUAUUCAAUCUUUUCAGGGUUGAAUUCAAGACGCGACGAACUGCGUUAGGCGGAGGAUUUCAGGGGCAAGUUUUCCACGCACUAUUAUACUCUACUCGGUAUUUGAGAAUCCGUUUGAAGCGAGUAGUUCGUUUACGAGGACAAAAUCUAAUUGUUGCGUCCGUGUCAGGGCUAGGUUUCCUAAAGGAAUGGCCCGUCUGUAAAACUCCAGCGGAAACUCUUCCAAUUGAUAAUUGUGGAGUAAGAAAUGAGCUAUCAUUAAUACUAGAAACUCGCAUUGAUCUUGAGAUUGAGAAACUUGGAUUGAUAUUGUGA